UAGCGCCUGCGCGGGAAGGGCGGGGUCAGCGCGCCGAUGCAGUGCGGCAGUCACAGGGCGGCCGCUGUGGGACGAACCUCCUCUCUCUUAGUGUUGGCCCUGGAGAAGGAACGAUGGUGCUGGAUCUGGAUUUGUUUCGGGUGGAUAAAGGAGGGGACCCAGCCCUCAUCCGAGAGUCGCAGGAGAAGCGCUUCAAGGACCCGGGACUGGUGGACCAGCUGGUGAAGGCAGACAGCGAGUGGCGACGAUGCAGAUUUCAGGCAGACAACUUGAACAAGCUGAAGAACCUAUGCAGCAAGACAAUUGGAGAGAAAAUGAAGAAAAAAGAGCCAAUGGGAAAUGAUGAGUCCAUUCCGGAAGAUGUAUUAAAUCUCGAUGAGCUCACUGCAGACACUUUAACUAACCUGAAAGUCUCACAAAUCAAAAAAGUCCGACUCCUCAUCGACGAAGCCAUCCUGAAGUGUGAUGCAGAGCGGAUAAAGCUGGAAGCAGAGCGAUUUGAGAACCUUCGCGAGAUUGGUAACCUUCUGCACCCCUCUGUGCCCAUCAGCAAUGAUGAGGAUGCCGACAACAAAGUAGAGAGGAUUUGGGGUGAUUGUACCGUCAGGAAGAAGUACUCUCACGUGGACCUGGUGGUGAUGGUAGAUGGCUUUGAAGGCGAAAAGGGGGCUGUGGUGGCUGGGAGUCGAGGGUACUUCCUGAAGGGGGUCCUGGUGUUCCUGGAACAGGCACUCAUCCAGUAUGCUCUUCGCACUUUGGGAAGUCGGGGCUACACUCCCAUUUAUACCCCCUUCUUCAUGAGGAAGGAGGUCAUGCAGGAAGUGGCACAGCUCAGCCAGUUUGAUGAAGAACUUUAUAAGGUGAUUGGCAAAGGCACUGAAAAGUCUGAUGACAGCACCUAUGAGGAAAAAUAUCUGAUUGCCACCUCCGAACAGCCCAUUGCUGCUCUCCACCGGGACGAGUGGCUUCGGCCAGAGGAUUUGCCAAUCAAGUAUGCCGGCCUGUCCACCUGCUUUCGCCAGGAGGUGGGCUCCCACGGCCGUGACACCCGUGGCAUCUUUCGAGUCCAUCAGUUUGAGAAGAUUGAACAGUUUGUCUACUCAUCGCCACAUGACAACAAGUCCUGGGAGAUGUUUGAGGAGAUGAUCACUACCGCAGAGGAGUUCUACCAGUCUCUGGGGAUCCCUUACCAUAUCGUGAAUAUUGUCUCAGGUUCUUUGAAUCACGCUGCCAGUAAGAAGCUUGACCUGGAGGCCUGGUUUCCGGGCUCAGGAGCCUUCCGUGAGUUAGUCUCCUGUUCUAACUGCACAGACUAUCAGGCUCGCCGGCUCCGAAUCCGAUACGGGCAAACCAAGAAGAUGAUGGACAAGGUGGAGUUUGUCCACAUGCUCAAUGCCACGAUGUGCGCCACAACUCGCACCAUCUGUGCCAUCCUAGAGAACUACCAGACAGAGAAGGGCAUCCUCGUGCCUGAGAAAUUGAAGGAAUUCAUGCCACCAGAUCUCCAGGAACUGAUCCCCUUUGUGAAGCCUGCACCCAUUGACCAGGAGCCAUCGAAGAAGCAGAAGAAGCAGCAUGAGGGCAGCAAAAAGAAAGGGGCAGCGAGAGAUGUUGCCCUGGAAAGCCAGCUGCAGAAUAUGGAGGUCACUGAUUCCUGAACAUUCCUUUCUUCCACUUUACCAGGCAUCCAUUUCAAUUAGCUGCAAUCUCAGAGCCUGCCCGCAGGCAGGGAAGCCAAGCACGCACCCAUCGCCCACCCCGUGUGACUGCUUUACCAAAAGGGGAACCAUCUGCCCUAUACAAUGCAGUGUUCCUCUUUUCUCGCUUGGGCAUAGGAUCUAAUCACCAAUGACUGAUGAAACCGUGUAAUAAAGCAUCUCUGAGGGAGGCCAGGGCUCUUCCUCAGGCUUCUGCCCAGGGCUUGAACCCUGUCUCUGACAGUUCUCCCUGGAACCGUA